GGGAUAUGGAGAGGAGGAGGAGGAUGUGGACAAGGAGGACGACGAGGAUAGCGAGGACGAGGAGGAGGAGGAGGAGAGAUGGACGGAGGGAAAAGAGGAAGGGCAGGAGGAGGAGGACGAGUGGGAGGAGGACGAGACAUGAACGGCAAGGAAGGGGAGGACACGAGGAAGGGCAGGAGACGAGGAGGCAUGGAAGAUGAGGAAGUACGAGGAGGAGGAGGAGACAAGGAGGAUGAGGAAGGGCAGGAGGAGGAGGACGAACAGAAGGAGGACGAGUCGGAGGAGACGGAAAGGAGAAGGGAGGAGGAGACAUGGAGGAUGAGGAAGGGGAGGAAGAGCAAGAGCACUUUGGACCAGAUCCUGGACGUUUUGACAAGGCCAGGAUAUAGGCUACCAGCACAAUCGCCGUUGCCGUUAUCGGCGAUGUCAGGCCACUUUCCAGUUCAAGCUGGUACACAGCCAAGUGGUACAUCUGCAGCAGCCUCACAGACUGUUGCAUCUUCUUCUUCGGGUCCAGCAGUGAUAGCUACAUCACCGCAACAACCUGUUCAGCAAUCUGGACAAACGCAAGGUCAAUGGUAUCCUAAGACCCCGAUGAAACCGCCUCUUGCCUUCUCAGGCGAGAGAAAGGACGAGGAACUCAACACAUGGUUGAGAACGGUCCCGGUUUGGGUGAAGGCAAAGAGGACCUUGCCUGAGGACGAAGUGGUAACUGAUGCAUCCUACCUUGAGGGUAAGGCAGCCAAGUGGCUAGAUGGAGUAGUUGUAAAGGCCAGGUACGGGCGACGCAUGGCGGACUGGGCUAAGUCUCUGACGUUAGACCAGUUCAUGGAAAUGGUAGAAGCUCGAUGGCAUAAUCCACARAAGGCACAAAAGGCCACUGAUGCCAUUAACAAACUAGACCAACGAAAGUUCAGUCUUUGUAAUGCGCCGGGUACGUUCCAGCACGCUAUGAAUCGGAUCUUCCAUGACCAUUUAGACAAGUUUGUCGUGGUAUACCUUGACGACAUUCUGAUCUUUAGUAAGUCUGCCGAGGAGCACGCACAACAUGUUGAGACGGUUCUCUCACUCCUGCGACAGCACAAGUAUAAGGUCAACUUAGAGAAGUGUGAAUUUGGUCGCACUAAGAUACUAUACUUGGGUCAAGAAGUAUCCGCGGAGGGAAUUAGGCCGGAAGAUGCGAAGGUGGCUAGUAUUCGAGAUUGGCCACGACCUCAGACGGUCACUGAGGUCAGAUCAUUCUUAGGAAUGUGCGGCUACUAUAGGAACUUCGUAAAGAACUAUUCUACAAUCGCCUCUCCUUUGACUGAUCUAACUCGACUUGACACACCGUGGGACUGGAGUGAUGAGUGCGAGGGUGCUUUCAAGAGAUUGAAGCAUGCACUCAUGAAUCAUGAGGUUCUCAUGGUUCCCGAUCCUCAGAAGCCAUUCAUAGUGACCACUGACGCAAACCAAUAUGGCAUUGGCGCAGUGCUGGCUCAACAGGAUGGGAAAAAGUUGAAACCGAUUGAGUACAUGACCAAGAAGAUGCCAUCAAAGAAGUUGGCAAAGUCCACCUAUGAAAGGGAACUCUACGCUCUAUACAAAGCACUUGUCCAUUGGAGACACUUCCUAUUGGGAAGAUUCUUCUACUUAAGGACUGAUCAUCAGACCCUCAAAUGGAUCAAGACUCAACCGGCUCUUUCUGAUGCACUCAAGAAGAGCAAGCCGCCAUCGUACUUAAAGAGAAAAGAGAAGGAGGCUAAGGAGUUGAUUAGGCAGGCCAAAAAGUUGGCCUUACUGGAGGAGCAGGCGGCGAAGAGGAAGAAGUUGGAGGAGGAAAUGGAGAGAUUGAAGAAGGAGGACGAAGAGAAGAUGAAAGCAGUAGAUGAGGAGGAGAUAGAAGAGGAAAAGGAGGAGGAGUCACUGAUCAGGAGAAGCACCAGGGAAAAAGGGGAAUCUAGUGGCACGAAGAAGGAGUCAUGGAUAGAGAAGAAAGUUUUUGAGAGGGUGGCAAACUUGUCCUUGGGGGAAGAAGAGGAUGUAAUGUUGUAUGUUCCCCGGGAGGAGCAGGAAGCGGUUGUGAAGGAGCUGGAGGCAGAAGAGGAUCCCUUGAGAUGCCAGACAAUAGAGGAAGAGAAGAACUUGCAAUGGAAGUUGCGUCUUACCAGGGAGAAGAAAAGAAGGAUGAACGAGCCCCAAGAAGGAGUGGAUGGCACCCGGGCUUGCCGCAAGGCAGACCAUGGGAAGAUUUGGGCGUGGAACAGUCAGUUUGACAGCGACGUGUAGAUCAAGAUCAGUGCAUUUAUUGCGGUGACCCUGACGACAUAAUCAAAUACUGUCCAAAGU